CUAAGGGCAAUAAUCAUGGGACACAUAAUGUUCAUGGUCAUUGAGUUCUAUACGUUUUACUCAAAUGGUUUUGUGGCACAAAUGUCAGCCCAUGAUUUAGUACCCACCAACAAUCUGUUUAAUGGGUUUCUGAAAACCAAUUCCGUUGCUAAUCUACUGCACGUCAAGCCUUACCAUUACGGCACAUCCUAUCUGAAUGGCCUACUAUUAGGCUAUUUAAUGGAAACCACUUCAGAUGUCCGCCAAAUAUAUGAUAAUAUUUACGUCAAAACAUGUGUCAAACCAUUGGCUCUGUUUUGGGUCCUCAUAACUUCGGCAACCUUUGUAAAGACGACCCUUUUUGGUCACUUCGCACCGGUAUUCACGGCAUUUGAGUACUCGGUCAGCGGUUUCCUACAAUCGUUGCUCAUAUGCUAUGCACUCGUAUGGCUAUCGGUGCACAAUACCAGUCCUAUCAAUCGGUUCCUAUCCCUAAGCCUAUGGAAAACUUUGAGAUUAACUCAAACCACUGUAUAUCUGUUUCACUUGAUUAUCGCCUUGAUACUUUUUCCAAUUAUACCGAAACGGUUAUUGAUACUGAACGCGGCUAACAUGGUGAAUGUUUUAAGUAUCUGGGUUCUAUUUAUAAUAGUGGUAUACAUGAUGUGCAUGCCGUUAACAAUGGCUAUUGAUAUGCCGUUAACAGCGUUCACACAAAACCUAUUGAAUAGUGUGUUGCCAUCAAAACACGGCAAACGAGUGCAACAAAAAGUGAAAUAA